GGGCAGAGGGCGGAGGGCAAGGGGGACAGAGUCCCCUGGAGGACUGCAGGGUCUCAGCAGAGCUGGUGGGGAGGAGGGACCAGACCCACGUGGAGCACCACGUGGCAGAGCUGCUUCUUGCCCUGGGCAUGCCUCUGCUCCCAGCCACCCACGGGGGCAGGAAGAGGUGGGUGAGGGCCCAGCAGCCCUCCCCUAGGAAGCUCUCCUGGGGCCUGGCUGGGGAGGAGGAAGGGAAGCCUUUACAAAACAGUUGGAGCUCCCCCUCCUUGAGCUCUUCCCCUCCCCUGGGAAAGACACCCUUCUCUUCCCAGCCACACUCACCUGCCUCCAUCCUGUCACCAGGAGCCCCUACAGUCAGUCCUCAGGGCUCUGAGCUCCCUACGCCCCAGGGAAGUGUUCGCAGACUUGGGGCAGGCUGACCCUGGGACUGACACCUGGGAGAUGUCCCUAUCUUUGCUUUCUCACCUUACCAGGCGUCCCUGGCCUCCCUUCUCAGGACAGGCAAUGGCCCGCAUGACUGCAGCCCUGGCCUGGGCGCUGGCGCUCCUCUCAGCGUUUCCCACCGCCACAGAGGCGCGGAAAGGCCUCAGGGCGGACUCCGGUCAGAGCAGCGGGGACAAGGGCAGGGUGGAGCAGACCCAGCAGCAGAAGCUGGCCCGGGAGUCCGCGAGCCUGAAAGGCAGCCUUGAGCAAGACCUCCACAACAUGGACAAGCUCCUGGAGAAGCUGGGCCCUCUGAGUGGGCAGGGGAGCGCCCCUCCCGGGCUCCCACCCGACCCCGAGGGCCUGCGGCGGCAGCUGCAGGAGGAGCUGGAGGAGGUGAGCGCGCGCCUGGAGCCCUACAUGGCGGAGGCGCACGCGCGCGUGGGCUGGAACCUGGAGGGGCUGCGGCGGCGCUUGGAGCCCUACACCAGCGCCCUGAUGGAGCAGGUGGCCCUGCGCGUGCAGGAGCUGCAGGAGCAGCUGCGCGUGGUCGGCGAGGACACCAAGGCCCAGCUGCUGGGCGGCGUGGUCGAGGCGCGGGACCUGCUGAAGGAGCUGCAGAGCUGCCUGCUGCACCACACCGGCCGCGUCAAGCAGCUGUUCCACCCGUACGCCGAGCGCCUGGUGAGCGGCAUCGGGCAGCACGUGCAGGAGCUACACCGCAGCGUGGCCCCGCACACCGUGGCCAGCCCCGCGCGCCUCAGCCGCUGCGUGCAGCUGCUCUCGCACAAGCUCACGCUCAAGGCCAAGGCCCUGCACGCGGGCAUCCAACAGAACCUGGAUCACCUGCGCGAAGAGCUCAGCGCCUAUGCCCGAACGGGCGGGGAAGGGGCGCACCCGGACCCCCAGGCGCUGUCCCAGGAGGUGCGCCAGCGCCUGCAGGCUUUCCGCCACGACACUUUCCUGCAGAUCGCCGCCUUCACCCGCGCCAUCGACCAGGAGACGGAGGAGGUCCAGCAGCAGCUGGCGCCGCCCCCACCGAGCCACAGCGCCUUCGCCCCCGACUUCCUCCCCGCGGACAGCGGCAAGGCCCGGAGCAGGCUGCAGGCCCGUCUGGACGACCUGUGGGAAGACAUAAACUACAGCCUUCGCGACCAUGCUCCGGGCCAUGGAGGGGAGCCCUGAGGGCCUUUGUCCGCGCCCACUUCCCAGCUCCUUGUUCGGGGAGCCCCAAGCAUGGUUCAGUCCUCGACAGUGGCCUACUGGGCAGAGGGUGGAGGGCCCUGCAGGAUGGGUGAGGCCACCGAAGGGGCAGUUGUCCCUUGCCUACCCAGCCUCCUGCGAGUCCCCAACCCGGAUGCAUUACACUCACCAGGAUUUGCGAACCUGGCUUCCCGUGCUAAUUUGGGAGUCCUCCCGAGUUGCCCCAUUCGCUGCUGGCGGGAGUGGGAAGGGAGACAGGCGCUCUAUGCGGGGGAAUUAAGUGCCAGCCCGUGGCCAUGGUGCUGGAUGCCUGUCUCUUCAGACCCGGGUUUGGCUGCGACCACUCUGGCCCCCUGGUGGCCACUACUGCCGCUGUCCCGAGAGCAGCUCCUCUCCCCAGGGCUGCCAGGACAGCUUCUGUUGGGGGAGAGAAGGGAGAAAGGAGGCGGAUGUGAUGAGAGAGCAUGUGACUGUG